GUGGUGGGGAGGUUUAGAGUGGGAGAUUCACUUGACUUGGAUACUUUAUAGCGUCAGUCGAUACUACAUAUCCCUGAAAAGCUAAUAUAACUUUGCUCAUAUAUCCCAGCCGUCUUUCUGCACAUAAGGGAUCCGGCGUUUCCUUUGUUAGAAGCAGAAGGCCAUCAUAUCUCAAUUUUAAGGCUUUAUGAGUACCCUGGACCAUAUAUGAGUAGUUGAACAUGGGCAUGAAGGCGUCCUCUAGGAACUAAUCUAUGAAAGCAUAUGACUUAUGAAAGAAUCCUUCGUGGGUCAAUAGAUAUUGGUGAUGUUUUGAUGAGGCCAAGGUUUAUUAGUGGAGUCUGAUAGUGGUUGGAUUCUCUUGGUCUUUCAUCCUGAUAGUAAUACAUCCAUGGCCUUAGUUUUGACUAAAGAAGUACUUUGGCGUAACUAUGUCAUCCAAAGGUGUUCAUUGGGGUUCUACUUGUCUUCAGUCAUUCAGAGGGGAACCUUAAUAUCAAAUCCAGAUACAGAAUUAGUUGCGAAUACAAAAUAUACUUAUUCUUUGGUAUCAAGAAUAAGCUAUGAACAGCACCGGAGUUCAUCCACCCAGAAUUUCUGUACUACUGUUGAUCCUGAAAGGCUGUUUUGGGAAGGCUCUUCUCGUGCAGUUAUGUUGAAAAGGCUUGAAUUAGCCAUGAAGGAACAUCAAUUGGAUGAAAUGUGGGAAUCAUUUUUUGAUUUCAAAAGGUUGCAUGGCUUUCCGGAGGGUUUUCUUAUCCAUAAGCUAAUUACUGAACUGUGCUAUUCAUCUGACCCUUACUGGUUACAAAAAGCAUGUGAUCUAGUCCUGAUAAAUUUGAGAGAGAGAUCAGACAUAGUUCAGACUGAUACCUUGACAAAGCUCUCCCUCUCCUUAGCACGCUUGCAGUUACCUAAACCUGCAAUGAUGAUUCUGCCGUUAAUGCUGGAGAAAAGGAAUUUACCUCCCAUGAAUGUAUUGUGCCUGGUUUUUCUGCAUGUGGUAAAGGCUGAGAUCGGGACUCAUCUUGCUUCAAAUUUCUUAAUUCAAAUCUGUCAUCACUUCCAAUGCUUGAGAGCAAAAAAGAGUGACCAAGCAAAGCUAUUUCAACCUGAUACAAUGAUUUUUAACCUUUUUCUUGAUGCCUGGAGGUUCAAAUUAUCUUUGAAAGGCCAGCAGAUCAUGGAAUUGAUGUCUACAGCAGGAGUGGCUGUUGAUGCCACUAUUGUCAUUAUAACCCGGAUUCAUGAAUUAAAUGGUCAGAGGGAGGAGAUAAAGAAUUAUAAAUGUUAUAUUGAUCAGGUUUCGGCACCAUUUGUUCAACACUAUUCGCAAUUUUAUGAUAGUUUGUUGAGCUUGCAUUUCAAGUUUAAUGAUGUGGUUGCUGCCAGGGAGCUUAUAUUACAAAUAUGUGAUGAUCGCAAGUCUCUUCCAGUUCAGAGAGAUAUGAAGAACUCACAAAGGUCUUUUCUUGUUCCAAUUGGUUCUCAUAAUCUGAAGUCUGGGUUGAGUAUGCAGAUUUUCCCUGAGCUGCUGCAGAAGGAUUCUGUCCUCAAGUUAGAAGGUAAACAAGAGCUUGUUAUGUAUUCAAAUGGGAAACUUGUUCUUAGCAACACAGGUCUGGCCAAGUUGAUAACCAUAUAUAAAAAGGAUGGGGAUAUUUCUGAGCUUUCAAAACUUUUACUCAAAAUUGAAAAGGAAUUAUGUUCAUUAAGAGGAUCUAGAUUGGGAAUUGAUGUGAUUCACGCUUGCAUUCAAUUAGGUUGGCUAGAUACUGCCCAUGACAUUUUAGAUGACAUGGAAGCAGCUGAUGCUCCUAUGGGCUACAGUACCUUUAUGUCACUCUUGAGAGCAUAUUAUAAAGGAAAGAAAUUUCUAGAAGCGAAGGCAUUGCUUAAACAGAUGAGAAAGGCUGGUUUUCUUGUAAAUUAUUCUGAUGAGAUGGUUGCGUCGGCAGGACUAUCAGUUAUAGAUACAACUGCCCUUUGUACAAGUGCAUCAUGUUCCGCUAGUAAAUCUGAGCUGGCAGAUGCAUUGGUUCAAGAAUCAAGAGAGGAGGAGGAAAUUCCUUCUAGGGUUUCUGAUCUGACAAAUGCUUUGGUCCAGGAAAUGAGAGAUGAGAAGGAGGAAAUUCUCUCCAGGGUUUAUCAUUUCAAUUCUUCCAUCAACUUUUUUUGCAAAGCCAAAAUGAUUGAUGAUGCUCUGGAGACAUACAAAAGAAUGCAAGAGUUGAAAAUUCACCCCACUGAGGAAACUUUUACAUACGUGAUAAAUGCGUAUUCUUCUCUAGGAAUGUUCCGUAAUAUCACAUUCUUGUGGGGGGAUAUGAAGAGGAACAUGGAGAAUAGAAAUCUAGUGGUAAGCAGAGAUCUGUAUGAGUACCUGCUACUGAACUUUCUCCGUGGUGGUUACUUCGAAAGAGUCAUGGAGGUCGUUAACUAUAUGAAGAAGCAUGGUAUGUUUGCUGACAAGUGCAUGUGCAGAAGUGAGUUUGUAAAGCUACAAACUCUUUAUAGAAACUUGAAGGCAUCAGAAGCUACAACAGAUGCUCAUAAGAAAAGUGUUAACGUGGUGAAUUAUACUGAUCUGAUGCGCUGUAUUCUUUGCAGAUGCAGUACGUCGUACUCCUUGUCCCUUUCCUGUCACAAAUGACACAAGUCGUCAAAUUAGAGACCACGGCGGCGUGGUCUUUAACUCUCCGACGCUCAAGUUAGGCUGAUGGUAAUUUGUGCAGGGUAACAGUAGAGGGUGUAGUGUGCUUACCUUAUGAGGUCAGGGAUUUGACAUUUUAUUGUUGAGUCAAGGUAGAUUAUUUACUCCUCUUCCGGUGUGGGACAAGGUCCAAUUAAGGUGG